AUGGGAUGCUGGAUUUUGAAUGAAAAACUCUCAGUGCUGUUCUUACUGGUAUGGCUGGGACUGAAUUUCUAUUUGUUCAUUGAUACCUUCCACUGGUAUGAAGACGAAGAUGCUUACAUUUAUACACGGAUUAUGCUGGGAUCAACCCUGGCUUGGGCAAGAGCUUCUGCGACGUGCCUGAAUUUUAACUGCAUGCUAAUCCUGUUACCAGUCAGUAGAAACCUUAUUUCAUUCUUAAGAGGAGCAAGCAUUUGCUGUGCAGGAGCACUGAGGAGACAGCUUGACAAAAACAUCACAUUUCACAAGACGGUUGCCUAUGGAAUAGCUAUAAAUGCAACCAUCCAUAUUGUUGCCCACUUGAUCAACAUCGAGCGGUAUCAUACCAGCCAGUCAAAGGAAGCGGGGGAGUUACGGAAUAAACUUUCUGGUCUUGGCAACAGCCCGAAUGAAAGCUACUUGAACCCAAUCAGGACCUAUGAAACAAACACAACAGGAGAGGUACUAAACACCAUAGCUGGAGUAACUGGAGUCAUGAUAACUGUGGCUUUAAUUCUGAUCAUGACUUCAUCCACCGAGCUCGUCAGAAGGUCGUGUUAUGAGGUGUUCUGGUACACCCACCACCUCUUUGUGGUUUUCUUUAUUGGUUUAAUAAUCCAUGGCAUGGGUCAGCUUGUGCGAGGUCAGACAUCUCAGAGUCUGCUGCUUCAUAACGCCACUUACUGUAAGGAUCACUACUUGGAAUGGGAGAACGCCACUCAGUGCCCUUUGCCGCAGUUUUCUGGCAACAAACCUGUGGCUUGGAAGUGGGUUUUAAGUCCUAUGGUGCUGUAUAUCUGUGAAAGAAUUGUUAGAUUUUGGAGAUUUCAACAGGAGGUUGUCAUUACUAAGGUAGUGACACAUUCCUCUGGAGUCCUUGAGCUUCAAAUGAAGAAACGUGGCUUUAAAAUGGGACCUGGUCAAUAUAUCUUUCUACAGUGCCCAUCUGUCUCACAGCUGGAGUGGCACCCUUUCACUCUCACCUCAGCUCCCGAGGAGGACUUCUUCAGUGUUCACAUACGUGUUGUCGGGGAUUGGACUACAGCCCUCUUCAAGGCCUUUGGAGCUGAGGAAAAAGCUUUCAAGGAAUUGUGGAUGUUACCAAGAGUGGCCGUGGAUGGACCAUAUGGAUCUGCAACCACAGACGUCUUUCACUACCGAGUGAGCGUGUACAAAUGCUGCAACGCUAACACAGUGCUGGUGCUGCAGAAGGUUUAUUUUUACUGGAUUUGCCGAGACCCAUCAGCAUUUCAGUGGUUUGCUGAUCUUCUGUUCCAUUUGGAAACAAAAAUGGCUGAAAAAGGGAAAAAUGAUUUUCUAAGUUAUCAUAUAUUUCUUACCGGCUGGGAGGAAAGUCAGGCUACUCACAUAGCACUACAUUAUGAUGACAAAAUGGAUGUAAUUACUGGUUUGAGACAGAAGACCUGCUAUGGAAGGCCAAACUGGGACAUUGAGUUCAAGCAACUAGCCGAAAACCAUCCUAGCAACAGUAUUGGAGUAUUCUUCUGUGGACCCAAGACUCUCUCUAAGAUCCUUCGAAAGACAUGCAACUCAUAUUCAUCAGUUGAUCCAAGAGGAGUUCAGUUUCACUAUAACAAAGAAAGUUUCUAG